CUGAACUAAUUGUGGUCAACAAUCAGCUGUUCAAGUCAUUCAAUCCAAGGAAACUCGACAAAUGAACCAAUUGAGUAGCAGGAUUGGCAACUUUGUAUGCCAAAGUGUACAAAUUGCAGGAUGCGGCCUGCAGCAGGUGCGUACAAAGUAUGCAGAUUGGCGUAUGAUUCGUGAUGUCAAGCGUCGUAAAUGUGUGGCGGAGCAUGCCAAGGAGCGGUUACGUGUAAAUGCCCUACGCAAAAAUGAUAUUUUACCGGCUGAGUUGCGUGAGGUUGCGGAUGCCGAGAUAGCUGCCUUCCCGCGAGACUCGUGUUUAGUGAGGGUGCGUGAACGAUGCGCCAUUACGUCACGUUCGCGAGGUAUUGUACACAGGUAUCGUCUAAGUCGUAUUGUUUGGCGACAUUUGGCCGAUUAUAACAAAUUAUCGGGCGUUCAACGUGCUAUGUGGUAGAUAUCAAUUUUUUAUUGAAACAGCUAAAGGAUCCUCGCAUUGGUUAAUGCUGCUGAAGUAAAUAUCAAGUAUAUGGCUCCAUUGUAACUAAAUUUAAUAAAUCUAAUAUAAGUUACAUGUA